CACCGCUAAAGGCUCACAGUAAUAAUGAUAGCCGGAUUCACUAGUUAACCAGUUACCUAAUAUCUAAUGUCUAGUACUGCCAUCGCCGGCGGUAGCGGCAGGUGGGAACAUACCCGGAGAGCCCGCAUUCUCGAAAACAGACUAACACGGCGAACUCCUGGUUAUAUCCGCGCUACGUGGGGUGUCAGUUUACUUUCCUUGCUUUGCCUUGAGCUGGUGCCGCAGAAGCAACGACGGAUGCUACUGCAUCCCCAUCCCCAUCCACCGCACCGCAGAUCCGUACUCUCCAGGCGUUUCACUCCGUUCAUGCUGAUCUGAUCAGCAGUUCUGGAAAGCUUGACUUGCCCAGAUUGCACUUUACAUCCCGUAUUCCGAUGCUAUGCACAGUCAUUAUAAAUCCGUAGAAUGCCACUGGUUGGCGUCUGGAUUAUGGUUUCUUUU